AUUAAACCCUGUAGCAUCCAGAAAGUAGGAAUCAUUCAUUACUAAAUUGGGUUUAUAUAAAUGCACUCCAACCGGCAGCUAAAAACAACAAUCCGUCGUUCGAGUGACGAGAUUUUAGUCAAAAAUCUACAAAAAUGGCGAAUAAUUCUAAUAACAAUGAAGUGAUUUUGUUGGAUUUCUGGGCAAGCCCUUAUGGUAUGAGGGCCAAAAUAGCUCUUGCUGAAAAAGGUGUUACUUACCAACGUAUUGAACAAGAUUUACAGAACAAGAGUGAACUUCUGCUGAGUAUGAACCCGGUUUAUAAAUGUAUCCCGGUUCUUAUACACAAUAAUAAGCCGGUCUGUGAGUCUCUGUUUGUUGUUCAGUACAUUGAUGAAGUUUGGAAUCAAAACAAUACAUUUUUGCUGCCUUCUGAAUCCUAUCUUAGGGCUCAAGCUCUUUUUUGGGCUGACUUUAUUGAUAAAAAGGUGUAUGAGUCAGGUAAGCGAAUAAUAUUGAACAAGAAAGGAGCAGCAGAGCAAGAGUCAGCUAAGAAGGAAUUCUUAGAGCAACUCACAUUGUUGGAGAAGAUGUUAGGAGACGAGACUUAUUUCGGAGGAGAUGUAUUUGGGAUGCUCAGACAGGGAGAAUUAUUGGGCGUAGUACUGAACGAGAUGGCUUGUACUAUGCGGACGAGGCGAUUCAAACGGGUCACACUUUGCUUGCUCAUAGGUUCUCUGAUCAUCAGUUAUGGACUUGGCAUCGACGUCUAGUACAUCCAUCAUUAGGGUAUCUGAAACAUUUUUUUCCGUCAUUAAACAAAAGUAAUGUAGCCUUGGAUUGCAAAGCAUGUGUCCUUGCGAAAAGACACAAACACUCUUACUUUCCUAGUUCUAACCAUAGCAGUGAACCUUUUGUUUUGAUACAUUCUGAUGUUUGGGCCCUGCUCCCGAGUGUAGUAAACAAAGUUAUUCAUAUUUUGUUUUAUUUAUUGAUGAUUGUACAAGAAUGUGUUGGGUAUAUUUCCUGAAACACAAAUCUGAGGUUUUUGAUGCUUUUGUCAAGUUCUAUAAUAUGAUUGUCACACAAUUUAAAACUAAACCUCAAAUUCUUCGAUCUGAUAAUGGGGGGGGGGGG